AUGGGUGUGAGCUUGGUGCUCGUGGCACUGAGCCUCGGUUGGCUGGGGCACUUGCCUGCGGUGGGUGGAGAGGCGGCUUAUACGUGGGCCGAGUUGUUUGCUCAAGAUGAGGAAGGGUUUCGUGUACAGCCGCCCGUGAGCCCAGCACAUCGCUACAACCAUGCCUCGCUCUAUGAUGCCAAGCGACAGGCCGUGCUGGUCACCUACGGCUAUUUCUUUGACCACCGCAAUCACCGACCCACAUAUCCACGGGAUGUCUGGAUGUAUGAAUUGACCGCACGCACCUGGCGCCGUUUGUCGGAUGAUGCUGGGCCCUCUGGCCGCUACGGCCAUGCGAUCGCUUGGUUGAGUACGUAUAUGUACCACAAUGGCAUGUAUGAGCUCCGGGUGUUGUCCGAAGCGGCGGCGGUCGAGGUGCCUCUGCCCCGCCGCAGCCGUGCGGCUGCUGAGCGAGUCACGGUUCGAAUCGGCUUGGCCACGGCCGUGAUCUGUCUCCUCUUUGGCCUUUGGUUCUACCUACGCCUCAACCCGCACCGCCGUGUGCCUUUAAAGCAAGCCUGA